AUGGCCAUUGAUGCCCAACUGCCAACUCCGCCAUACGAAUCCGAAGACGAGCCAACAUUCUCCAUACACGGCAGCUCCAGCCCUCGUGCUGAGUGUUCGCGGUGGUUCUCCUCAGGCGUUGUCAGCGGCGGCAGCGUGCCCACCCCACCAAAGGAGGACGACCUCUUAAACUUUUCCCCUAUGAACGACAUGAGCCCGUUCGGUGAUACCGACGGCGAUGACGCGCUGCAACAGUCGUUUCAGCGUUUCGACUUCCCAGAGCCUUCGGAUCGCGCGUCGACGACUUCGUCGAAUGAGGCGGAGCCGGAUUUGGAGUUGGACGGGGCAGAUUUGGAUGUGGAUGUGGAUGUGGCUGAUGGCGAUGUGCGGAUGAGUCCGACACAGUGGUUGAAUCUGCUGGGUGUGGGUACGCCGCCGGGGUCGUCUGCUGCUACUUCGGAUGCUAUCGUUCUCUCCAUACACUUUGACCCAUUAUUACUACGGAUCGGAUGA